AUGAGCGACAAUGAGGUUGCCGAUAAGAACAUAGCCCACAACGAGGUUAUCAACGACAAAUCGAUAGACGACAAGAUGGCCGACGAAAAAAUUAACGAUAACAAAACGACAGAAGAAAUUACGGCAGAGGAAAAGAUAGAAGAGACAUCGAAAGACGAUGAGAUGACUGACGCCCAACACAGUGAUGGCGAGUCGGCCGAGGACGAGAUGGAAAGACUCUGGGCGAUGUGCGGUCCUCUACAUGGCAUCGAAACGGAUUAUCUUGGUAUCGUAACACAGGCAAAGAGAUACACAGACAAAUUGGAAGGGAGAGUAAUUGAAAACGCCAAGGUCCUGGAAAAGUUGUUGGAAGAAACGCCCGAGCCCUUCAUCAACGGGAAAGACAAACGACCUAUUACUGAUAAGGAUCUUGAUUACUUCAUUGCCGAUCUUGAUUAUUUUGCUGAGGUCGAAGACGAUGGGAACGAGGAAAGUGAAACUCUGGACGAGGAGGAUGAGCAUGAUAGCGACUAUGAACUACCUUGGCUGGAUGAUUUCUCGCAUUCACCGGAGCGAUAG